CGGCUCCGGCCACUGAGCCGCUCCCGCGACUUGACGGGAGUUCAGAAGAGCCGGCGGAGAGCGCGGGCUGCGUGCACAGCCCGGCUGGCGCUGCCGUGACCGAUGGUUGUGGGGCCCGAUCCCCGGAGCGACCCCUCGUGAAGCUGCCGGGGGCAGGGUGGGUGAUUUCUUACACGGCGACGGGGCGUCCGGCCUGCGGCGGGAGGGGAGGGAGGCCGAGUGGCUGGUGCACCUGCCUCUCAGGCUGUGUCCUCUCACCCCGGCUGGGUUCCCCCCGAGUCUCAGAACACAGUUCUUCCUGUGUGCACUCUGGUGGCCGAGGAGGUGGCCUGAGGUGCAGCGGUUUAUAAAUACACGUUUUAGGGCAGUUGUUUUAAAAUCCUUUGUUUUGCACACCGUCACAAGCGCCAAACUUCUCUCUGAGCCUGUUUCCAGAAGCUGCCGGGUCUUUGCCUUUCGUGCAGGAAGCGACCUCGGGUCACUACUGCGUGUACCUCGUGUGGCUUGGGUAGAGGUGAGCCCUCGUGCCCUUACUGUCCGGGUACUGAGAUCUCGCGGGAAGGGCAGCCGGGGCCAACCCUGCGCUCCUGGAGCCCGGCCCCUGAACCUGCAGCCCAGGUCUGCGCACCGCCUCUUGAGGCGGGAGGACACUCCUGUUUUCCGGCAGCCGGCGGAGACUUCCUGCGGGGUGGGUGCCUGAACGGGGGGCAGGAGCCAAGACCUGGUCUGCCCGAGGCUGUGGGGGUCGUGUCUUCGAGCGCGGGGCCGUGGGGCAGUGUCUGCUCCUGCCUGGGGCUUGCUCACCUGGCCCAGGGUCUCUGGCUUCUGGAGGGUGCCGGUCCAGGCCCCCGGAGCCCUGGGGGUUGAGAGGGAAGCCCCCCGGCCCCCCCCCCCCCCCAGUCAGGGCGUCUCCUUGAGUCACCUGCUCGGCUCCGCCGAGGCCUUUGCGAGGUGGACAGAACCUGGGGCCCCUGCUUCUGAUGCUCUCAUUUCCAGAGGAAGAGCGUAAGGCCGACAGAGAGAAGAGCUUUGCUGGCUUUUUCUCCAGAUCCAGUUUCCAAGCCCUUCUGUUCGGGUGACUGUGCCCAGGUUAUGACGACUAAUCCCAAACCAAACAAGGCAUUAAAGGUCAAGAAGGAGGCGGGCGAGAACGCCCCGGUGCUCAGCGAUGACGAGCUGGUGUCCAUGUCGGUGCGGGAGCUGAACCAGCACCUGCGGGGCCUCACCAAGGAGGAGGUGGCCCGCCUGAAGCAGCGCCGGCGCACGCUCAAGAACCGCGGCUACGCCGCCAGCUGCCGCAUCAAGCGCGUGACGCAGAAGGAGGAGCUGGAGCGCCAGCGGGUGGAGCUGCAGCAGGAGGUGGAGAAGCUGGCGCGGGAGAACAGCAGCAUGAGGCUGGAGCUCGACGCGCUGCGCUCCAAGUACGAGGCCCUGCAGACCUUCGCCCGCACCGUGGCCCGCGGGCCUGUCGCCCCCACCAAGGUGGCCACCACCAGCGUCAUCACCAUCGUCAAGUCCGCCGACGUCUCCUCCGCCUCCGUGCCCUUCUCGGCCGCCUCCUAGUGGCCCGCCCCCGGGAGGGGGAGGGGGAGGGGGAGGGGGGGCGGGCAGGGGGCGCUCCCCCCCCCCCGCGGGUGCCCGCCGGAGGGUCCGCGUGGCGCGGACCCCUUGACGCCCCAGUCGAAGCGCAGACUCCCGGCGGGGACGAGGCCGAGGGUGCGGCCGCAGAUGGGGUCUGGCGAGCCCGCGGGCCGCGCGCCUUCCCGCACGCGCGCGCGCGCACGCGCACAGCCGGCCCUCCCCCGGGCCCCGCCGGCUCUCCCCAGAAGGUCUCCGGGGGCGCGUGUCUCGCGCCGGGGGGCGGCGUCGGGGCGUAUGGAGGGAAGGUCCUCAGAAGGUCGCCGGCCCUGUGGCCUGGAUGGCGGGGGCUCUGUCCGCCACCCCUCCCGAGAGUGGCCUGUCGUGGUCCGGCGGCCGGUGCGGGCGCCCCCUCCCUGCCCUGACUGAGCUCUGGGUGCCUGGGGAGGAGCCGUUUGUCCCCGGUGACGCACAGCACCCUGACCCUGCUUCAGCCCCACCAGAGGCCCGCGCCCCGCCAGGCAGAGGGAGGGGGGUGGCUGCUCUAGGACUGCGCGCGCCCGCGCCCGCGGGCGCGCCUGCCGCCACGCCCGCGUGCCGGCGGCGCGGGGCCUCGGAGGAGCGGGUUGGUCCGGGUGGUCCCUUGGGGGCCUCCAGGGU